UGCCAGCCCUUACGCGCAGGUAUUCGUACCUUUGGCGAGUAGAAGUGGCAGAAGCACAGCACAAUGUCCAGUAACCACUACAAGAACUCGAACGAGGAUGCGCGCGUGGCAUCUGAGACUUACGGCGCUCGCCACAUCCCGUCCUCUGACACCGAGCCCUCACCAUCAAGUGCAAUCGCGCCCCAGUCUGCAUACGUGGACUCGAGCCUGGAGAGCGAAGACCACGACGACGCUCGACUGCUGUUGCUGCGAAGUCCUGAAGCCAUACGCGACAAUGAGGAUCACCCCGGGCGGAACUGCGUGUCUUCCGAUAAGCCUACUAGUUACCUUAACGAGGCUGCGAGCAGUGGACCCAUGUGCCGGAUCUGCCAUGAAGAAGACCAAGAGGAUCGACUGGUGUCCCCCUGCAACUGCUCUGGCACCAUCUGCUUCGUGCAUGUGUCCUGCCUGGAGCACUGGCUGAACGAGCGGAACGUCGACAUCUGCGAGCUCUGCGGUCAGCGUUUCCCGAUGGAGGCCCAACCCGGAAGCACGCGCCGGUUCUUCCACUAUGUUUUGCUGAACGAGGUGCGGCUGCGAAGAGCGUUGUUGAGCGACCUGCUCUACAUCGCCAUCCUGACAUCAGCAGCAGUAUUCUCCUUGGUCAUGCAGGCGACGGUGUUGAAAGCGCUUGAGCUCAAGUGUUUCGUCUGGAAACUCGUCGUGCUUUUCGUAACUGGCGCCUUCCAUGGUUGUUGCGUGACUCGUGUGUCCAACAGGCUGCGCAGGCGGUAUCGUUUGUUCAUGACGUGGCAGUUGGAGAACCCGGUGCGCCGGAUCGCGGCGGUGACUUCGGUAAGCGAAGUGCCUGAUGGCCGAACAUAACGCAACGAUGAACGGGCAGCCGGAGAGCCGUCGACGCCCUGUGGGUGUUGUCCCCGCUAGCAUCGACAGGACAGAGCAAAUGGCUGCAAGAGAGCGUCAAGAUAGAGGCGGCUAAUGAACGCCGCUGGAACCGCCGCCAAAACAGCUUUGUCAAAAGAAUGGCCAUCUAGGCCUGCACAAAACCAGCUACGUGUUAGAGGCUCUCGCAGACUGUGCAGUGGUAGUGUUGAAUGCAUUGAGGUGUUGCUUGAUCAUUUUAAUGCGUGAGUUUGUUGAAGACGAGCAAUUCAUUUUGCAAUUUUUUUUCUUCAAAUGUGCUUGAAAAUCAUGAGCAGCGAACGCCAAUAUUGUUUUAGUGUUUUUAAAGCUCCAUCUUCGUCAAAAUAGAAUCCUCACUUUUAUGUAUAAUAAAAGGUGUAAUAUCGGUA